CCUGCUAACUGACCAAUCCAAACCGUGCAAGCAUCCAUCAACUUUUGCUUGACACCUUAUUGGAAUUCUCACUGACACAACUGGUAAGGGAUGUAACCCGUCCUGCGUCUAGUAACAUCCUGGAUCUUCUUUUGACGUCCAACCCUGGCCUCAUUACAGAUGUAUCCAUUCAUCCUGGCAUAUCAGACCACAACAUUGUGUCCUUCGUCUUUUCAGGAAAUCCGAAAACAGCCCGUGCCCCUCCCAGGAAGAUCUACCAAUUCCACCGAGCAGACCACCAGAUCAUUAAAGAAACUGUUGAAAAGUUUUCAAUCGAUUUCUUCCUUUCAUCUCCAGAGCUCCAAACUGUAGAUGAGAAUUGGAACAGGAUAUCUGUGUUCCUCAAGAAGUGUAUGGAGGAUCUGAUACCAUCAAAGAUGAGCAAAUCCCGGCGACACCUUCCGUGGAUCACCACCGACCUCAAACGAAAAAUGAGGAAGCGUGAUAGGCUCUUUAAGAAAGCCCGUAGAAACCCCAGUACGUCAAAAUGGAAGGCUUUCAGACAGCACCGCAACGUGGUAGCGAAACUAGUUCACCAAGCACACCACGAUUACGUGAACAACAUCAUAGGGAACAGUCUGCAAGGGAAUCCCAAGACCUUCUGGUCCUACGUCAAGCAGUGUCGGACUGAGAAUAUGGAAAUCCCAUCGCUUAGAUCUGACAAAGGCAUCCACACGACCAACAAAGACAAAGCAGAGUGUCUCAACUCCUUCUUCCACUCGGUAUUCACCAACCAACAGGUUUGUCAUGCUCGUAUGGAAGGUUCCUCACACUUUCCUGAUAUCGGCCAUCUACACAUUCAUCGUCCUGGUGUGGCAAAGCAGCUGUCAAAUCUCAAGAGAUUGCUCCUGCCUUAGGAUUCCUUUUUCAGCAGAGCUACAACUCUGGCACUGUUCCAGCUGAAUGGCAGCAUGCAUUGGUAACACCCAUCCACAAGUCCGGUGAUAAGUGUGAUCCAGGAAAUUACAGACCUAUUUCCUUGACCUGCAUCUGCAGCAAGCUA